AUGGCACACGCAAACAAGGACCACUGGUCCUCCGAGGCAUAUCAGAAUGCGGCUUCAUUCGUUCCGAAGCUGGCUGUCAAAGUCAUGCAAUGGCUGGAUCCGAAGCCAAAUGAUGUCAUCUUGGACAUUGGCUGUGGUGACGGUGUGCUUGACCUCCAGAUAGCAGAUGUCAUUACCAAAGGAAGCGGGAGCUUGCACGGAACGGAUGCAUCGCCCGCUAUGAUCGAGUCAGCCAAGAAGGCGGCCGAGAAAGCCGGUGCAGCAAAGUGCACUUUUGAAGUUGGUGACGCCCUGGAGCUCAUCAACACCCCCAGCCUCCAAAACGGGACCUUCACCAAAGCCUUCUCUAACGCCGCCAUGCACUGGAUCCUCCGCCCCGAAUCAAAACGCCCGCAAUUCUUUCGCGGAGUUCGAAAUGCCCUCGCCCCCGGCGGAACCUUUUCCUUCGAGAUGGGCGGCCUGGGCAACGUAGUCGAGAUGCGGGGGGCGCUGCUCAUGGCCGUCGCCCGACGGGUCGGGUUAGAGAAGGCGAAGGAGUAUGAUCCGUGGUUUUUUCCCGACGAGGCCUGGAUCACGGAGAUAAUGGAGAAGACGGUCGGCGGAUGGAAGGUCGAGAGGGUUGAGAGGGAGUAUAGGCCUACUAAGGGGGAUGCGGGAGGGGUGGAUGGGUGGAUUAGGUUGAUGGGGAAGCAGUUCUUUGAUGCGGUCCCUGAAGAAGAGAGAGAGGAGUGUAUUAAGGAGGUGGUGGAUGUGUUGGAGGUGGUUUGUGAGAAUCCCUCGGGUGGGUUUACGUAUGGGUAUGUAAGGUUGAGGGUUUUGGCCAGAAAAUUGUGA